AUGAACAAGAAUAAUAACUCUUCCCAAUUUUCCUUCAAGGGUAAUUCAAAAAAUUCUAGUAUCAUAGCUUCUGCUGCUAAAAUGGUGAAGCCCAACAGCAAUAAUCAAACCAAGUUGGUUGAUUUUGUUGAAAGCAUUGUUCAAAAUCCAACCUUGAAAUCUAUUGGUGUUGCUGUUCAGGAUUCAUUCAACAAAGAGAGUGUGAUUUUAGGGAAAUCUUCAACUCCAGAGGAAGGAGUGAAGAAAGGACAUGGUAAAUCAAAGCUGUAUGAGAUCUGUGCUGCAAAUCAUUGGAAGCCUCCUGUGUUUGAAUGUUGUAAAGAGGAAGGACCACGUCAUUCCAGAAUGUUCACAUUCAAGGUUAUUAUUGAGAUAGAGACAGGUAAAGCAUCUAAAAACAUAGAGAGAACUGAAGCAUCUAAAAGCAUCGUAGAGGUCUACGGUGCUCCUCAUCAAAAGAAGAAAACAGCAGCAGACGACGCAGCCGAGGGUGCAUUAUGGUACUUAAAGCAUAUAGGUUUUGUUUUGAAGAACAAAUAA